GCCUCCCUUUGAUGCCCGGUCAUGCGGAACUGACUCACAGGUACGUCCUAAAAAGAAUAGAAACGUCACUUAAACGGUUUAAAGUAUUUUUAGUUGUCGAAAUCAUACGAAAGGACUAUUUAAACAGGACCUAGGAACUGAGCAAACUGAGUGAAUUCAGAAGUCUUCAGCGCGGUCGAGCGAAGAAGAGAUGAACAUGUCUGCCUCGGUGAUAAUUCAGUUACUAUCCAUGGCUCUGUGCGUAUUAAUGAUGAACUCUAGUAUACAAGUGCAAGCAAGACCUAGGAUUUCAUCAGUCUCUCUAUUCCAUGGGAUGAUAAAUUCUUCAGGGAAAAGAACCGUCAAUACGAGUCAAGAUCGGCGUAUGGUUCACGGCGCAAAAUCAGAGAAAACUACAUACUUAACUUCAGCGACCCAAGGAGAACAUGUUGAACAGUUCAAGAGAAGGUUUCCAAAGAGUAUGAAAGACAAUCAGUGUAUAAAGAAAUUUGAUCAUCAUCUAAUUUAUAAUUAUGUCUUUGAGAUACCACAUUGCAAAAAGGAUUGUAAAGAGAAAGUAAGGUUUGUAACUUUCUCAAAUGGCAAGAUUCUAUCAGUGGCUUACGACUGUGUCAAAAGCUAAAUCGUAAUGUAAAAUGUGAUCCCUAAAAAAAAAAAUUUAUGGUAAUAUAUAUUCUAAUUUAUCAAACGAAAAUAAUCCUUAGAGCAAAAGAUAAAAGGUAAAUUAGAAAACGUUGUUAGUUUCAUGUUAUCUGUUCUCGUGUGAACAGUUAAGAGCAUUUUUUUUUUAAAUUUCCAACUACAAUGUGCUAUUAAAAAUUUGCUACGAAUGUAGGUAUCUGACUCUUUUUUAGACUUGAAUUAAAAUAUUCUUAGUUUUAUUAG